UUAACCGUUUUAUACCAGAGGACGCAUUAUCCGUCUUGACAGAUAAUGCGUCUAUGGCCGUUUUUAUACUAAGCACGCAUUAUCCGUCUGGGCGAACUUGGGCAAACAUUUGUAGUUCGUCUGGUUAUGCGUCUCAAGUAUAAAGACGGGCAUAAGACGCAUUAUGCGUCUGGACGAACUUUCCUUCAAAAUACGUCUUGAACGAGGUAUUACGAAAGGUAGUUCGUCUGGAGGCAUAAUGCGUCUUAUGCCCGUCUUUAUACUAGAGACGCAUAACCAGACGAACUACAAAUGUUUUCCCAAGUUCGUCCAGACAGAUAAUGCACCCUUAGUAUAAAUUAUAUAUGUUUAAAACAAUCUUUCCCGUGCCGUAAAGUUUUAAAGUCAUCUUAAGGCUACAUCCACGUGGUGAAGCCGUUCAAUAUUUAUCGGAUAUUUAUCGAAAUUUUACUAACUUUCCAUGUAUUUUUAAAAUCGGGGAGAUUAGUCCGGUGACAGCUUCAUCCAGGUUCAAACAUAGGAAUAUUUAUAUAUUUAUUUUAAGGGUGGCGAAAUCUUGUUCUCAUAGUCGUUCUCAGCCUCAAAUCUAAAGUUCUCUAUUUAUUUGUCCCAUCGGUUUCCAUGAUUUGUGCUGACGCUUCAAUUCCUAACCGAAUCUUUUUAACCGUUUUUUACAGGUUUGGCUUGACGCGGGUACUCAAGUGUUUUUCUCGUACGGUAUUGGAACGAGCGCUUUGUUGACACUGGGAAGCUUUAACAAAUACAACAACAACUUUUACAAGUACGGUAUUUGAUUAAAAAAUGUCAGGAGCCUAUCAAUGUCAGGAGUCUAAGUCAUAGGCUCCUGAAAGUGUCUAACAUCGUACUGUGACCACAGGGACACCCAUUUUCUGUCCGUGUGCCUGUUCUUGUUAUUGAAAUCAGAGCAUUGAUCUUUUGUACGGAGAAGUACAGAUGAACAUUUCGGUGGCUACAAUUUUCCCCAAAAUAAAGAUUUGAAAGUACGUUUUUCUAUAAAGUACAAAAGAUCGAUGCGCAGAUUCCUAUGACCAAUAAACGCCACACAGAUAGAGGAUGGUCUGCCUGUGAUGAGGCUAAUCAGCUAGGCUCCUACCGAUAGUGCUCGUAAAAAAAGCAUUACAGUGCUUAAAGCAGUGCUUGUUUUUUUGCCAAAAAAAGUGCUAAAAUAAUGCUAAUUUUUUUUUAAAAAGUGCUCGUGGGUUACAUAAAAAUGAUCACUUUUUUCCGAUUUUUUUAAACAUAGAAUAUUACAUUUUUCAGAUUUUCAGUUACAUUUUUCAACAACAAAUGGCAGAGUACGCUCUCGAGCUAUCUCUGCCUUGGCUGGCUCCUCGAUGACAACGUGGAUGACGCCAUCUUGGAACGAGUGUGGACUAGGUUUCUAAAGGGCAACCGCUGAUCUAUCAAACCUAUUCCCCAGGCCUCCUCGGCUCCUUUGACUAAAAUAAGGGCAAAAUGCGGCUUUGGACGACAUAAAUAAAGUCAGAUUGUGCUUUUUAACACAAAAUUAUACAGAUAAUCAGUCGAAACUCCAAAAUAAUGCUAAUAGUGCUUUUUGGGAUAAAAUGUAAAAAAAAAAUGCUCGUGAAGCCAAAUAAUGCAAAAAAAGUGCUAGUACUAUCGGUAAAAGCCUAUAAUCAGCCUUACACACUCACAAGCUUACGAGUCGUGUUUAGCCUGUCAACACUUUAUUUCAAACUUGCGAUAUUUCUAGACAGUGCUGCGAGGGACUGAGAGUCUCAUCAACAGAAUAUAAACUUAAGCUCAACUACUCCAAAAAUAUCACUGCCCCUCACCCUUACAUAUGGUCUAGGUGGGAAAAGCGGCCUAUGCUUAUCGUAAAAAUUGAUAUCACGACGUUGUUUAAAGGCGACGCAAAGGUGUCAAAUAUCGCUUAGAUUUGUACAAAGGUACCUUUCUACGCCUCAAAUGUAUCUCAUACCUUUAUUUACGAUAGAUUAGACUCCACAAGCACUUGAUUACCUUUGCCACGCUUCGCUGCAGUGUCUAAACCACACAUCGUCACAACGAUCUUCUGUGAAUCAUAGGUGAUCAAACGCGACGUUUCGACCCGUGAUACCGUCCUUGUUAAAACCGGGCGAAAUUACCCGAGUUUCCAACAGAAUGAUCAUGGUAACACAAAUUUUCGUGGUCAAGAUAAACCUUGUUCUGUACAUUCCGCGUUGCCUAUUUCUUUCCCUCCGUCGUUCUCUCUCCAGCUCGUGAAUCCAAUCCAGCACCUAACUAUCCUGGGAGCAGAGGCCCUUUGAUCUUCCUUGAUAACUUGGGAAGAGGACUCAUCUAGGAAGAUCGAAGGGUAGCACCUAACAGUUAUUGCUAAGAGUUUGCCUUAUUCUUCUCGAUCUUAAUUUUGCAGAGACUGCAUUUGGAAUGCUUUUUACAACAGCGGAACUAGUGUUGUGGGUGGAUUUUUGACUUUCUCCGUGUUGGGUUUCAUGGCAACAAAUCAAGGAGUAGAUGUUAAAGACGUUGUUCAGUCAGGUGAGUGUGAUUCUGCUGCUUUUCCUCAUAAUAUACCUACCAGUUGUUGCAUUUUUGCAAUUUCACCGAAGAACCCUAGAGAUGGCGACUAUACAGUUGAUAGAGAGAUUUAGGGUCACAUUUUCACAGGUGCCGUAAUUUGAUCGGUCACAGUCAAAAAUGUAUUUUGAGUAGCAUACGAAACGUCAAGUUUUGUUAGCAUACGAAACGUCAAGUUGAUAUAAAAAUACGUAGAUUUACAAUGUUUACCACCGCUGUUUUUUGCCACGUGACCAAAGUUUUCCUUCACUUGUCGUUUACUGUUCGUUAUAACUACAUGAAAAUCGGUAUACUCACGCCAGUCUUUUUCAUAAGAGACUUUUCAUUGAGUUCUUCUCAACCCGAAUCUGACGUUUUUCGUUUUCCCUAAACGUAAAUCUAGAUCUGGAAUAAACAGAUCAAAACUUUUUAUUUUUGUCUAGACAUAAUGAACAGUAACUGACUUUUGACAGCAACGUUGACGUUUGAAAUUUGUCCAAAACGUGAUUUUAAAUCUCUCCAAAAACACGCAUAGCUAACGUUAAAAAAUGAAGAAAAGGUCUUUGCCUGUCUGUAAUGUUGCGUUGAUAGAAAGCUAGACAAGGCAAUCUUGCAAGAGACUAAACUUAUAAUGCUAGCUACCAUAAAUGAAAAAAAAGCAAGUGAAAUAGAUCACCAGUUAUUUUGAAACUUUUUUUAAUUAUAAGACUUUAUUGUUAAAAGAUUCCCUCCAACUUUUUAGAGCUCAGGGGUAGCUAAUCGCCAGAAAUAAAAAAAUCGACUACUAAGAAACUUUUUCACCAUAAAAUUGCUUCCGCUAACAUUCACCAUAUGCAGUAUGUGUUACAAUACAGUGUGUUCAUUCGACUCUAGGUCCAGGCCUUGUUUUCAUUGUUUAUCCUGAAGCAGUUGCCCAGAUGCCGCUAGCUCCUCUGUGGUCCGUGUUGUUUUUCUUCAUGUUGCUCCUGAUUGGACUGGACACUCAAGUAAGGUUAAAGAAACAAAGCCAUCAAUAUAUCUUUCAGUUACCAUUUCAUAAUUUAAAAUAAGACUUAGGGUGGACAUCCACUAUGGCGUAAAAAUAGAGGCCAUUCUUUUGUUCCAUCAAAAUGCAUAGCUGCUGACUGCGUGAGUGAAAAAGAUCUAUAACUCAACCCACACGGCUGCGUUCGGAAAUAUUCUGCUUUAAUGUUCGAGUAAACCGUCUCUGUAAGACUAAAGACACUUAGCAAUACAAAUUUAGAAGCUUCAUGGCAUAUCAAAAGGGAAAAGGGCCGACCAUCGGUCGGCGUGCGUCGCUCAAAAAAGCCUUUUCACGCUAAUUAACAAAUCCAAAUAGAAACGUUAACGGAAGUUCACAGUAUCCUUAAGUCCUUAUCUCCUCUAUUUAUUUAAACAUUGAAAAUUAAGCCUGUUACGAGCUCUGUGGUCGUGUAAUGAUUUCAACGUUCUUUGGAGGGACAUAGUCAUGAUGGGUUCAGGGUACUCAAAGGGCUAUUGCAUUUAAUAUCCGUACCCUCGCGGUUGAAGACGGACCGUUUCUUCUUACCCUUCGAAUAAUUCUGUAAAACUGCAUUUACCCCUAAAGAAUUCCAUAAGACAAGGGUCUCGCCACCGGGGUACUCCCUAUGAUGGCCUAUACGGGGGGGCUCCGCACGAAAGGGGUACCUUUUUCAGGCUUCAAGGGGUAGGAAUUUCACCAGUUGAAGUUUAUAAAAGGGUAGCGAAAUCUGUUAUUUGGGUCUGUAAAAGGGCCCAAAAUGGCUAGCAGAUGAAUUUUAUGGAUUUAAGAAGUCGAGAAAACGUUCGAUUUUUGUGAUUUAAAAGACAUUGCAUUUACAGCAGUUAAUAGGGUUACAAAGUUCUAAACAAGGUAUAGGAAAGAGGUACCAUUUGUCAAUAGAAAAUAUGCAAAAGGGGUACCUUUUUCGUGAAAAAAUGGUAUAUUAAAGGGUAAGGGGAUUGAACCUCGGGGUGGACCUUCCCCGUAUAAAUAUUUCUCAAGUACCCUCCCGCCCCCGGGAGUUUACACCCAAAGAAUAUGGGGUUACCCCUGAAGAUUUUGUGAAAAGGUGAUGUUGCCUUGUGCACCCCUAAAGAUUUUGUUGAGAUUUAUAGUUUCACCCCCAAAGUAUCACUUUUUUUUUUACUCCACCCCUAAAGAAAUCCUCAAUUUUUAUUAUUUAUAAAAUUCCAUUGGUUCUUCGUAACCGGGGGAACCGGGUAUUAAAUGCAAUAGCUCAAGCCUACCACUAACUACUUUUGCCAUCCAGUCACGCUUGUUUGGUUUUCCAUACAAAUCUUUGUAAUUUCGAAAUUUUCAAAACUGUCAUGAAAUAUUUCCUUAAGCAUUACAGGGCUCGAAUCUCCUUUUAAUUCAUUAAGGCAAUUUGAGUCCUUAAAUGCGUAAAGGAAAGAUUUAACGACAGUUAAAAAAUUUUAGAAUUUACAGAUAUAUGUAUGGAAAACCAUGCAAGCGUGACUGGAUGGCAAAAUUUGUUUAUCUCAUACAAAUGCUUCCAACUUUCGGCGGCCGUUGCAAUCGCUACUUUUGAGAUAUACGGCUGAAACUUCUCAGGUUACCUAAUUUUAAUAUGCUCUUUCAGCCUGUGCUAACAAAGUUUUUCAAAAGUGAACUGUUUUCGUGUUUACCGAAAGUUGGUCACGUGAGCAAGUCGUGCAAAGAGCCUACUGCUGGUUUUCAGCGUCACGCCAUUCAAAAUAGAUCAAAAUAAAAAUCAAAACCGUUUAACAUAUAAAGUCCAGAAUCUGGGAAAUGAAAGGAGCUACAUAUACAAAGACCCUCGCCAAGAUUCAGGUCAGAGGAAUAAUUCGAAUGCGAGAUAUCCGAAGAAAUGUUUUACCCAAACUUACAGAGAUUUGUAUGGAGGUGCUCACCUGGAUGAGCUCCAGCAUGGCGGGCGGCAACCAACAGAAACAUCUGUUACCGAGUUUUGCUACAAAAGCGUGAAUUUAUUCUUCGAGAAACUCAUAAACAUUAAAGUAAUACUUUUUCUAAUACAUGAACUGUUUAAAUAGCAAAAUUUUCUGAAAUAAGUCAUUUUUUUUACCUACAUGACAGCUCUUUUGGCCGUCAUGUAAUUGCCGCGUCACGCAAAAGCUUAGAAAUUCAAGCGUACCCUUUCACAAAACCAAGAACUCUUUUGAAACGAAACUUUGUAUGAAAAUUAGUUUUCAGCUGUUCUAAUGCAUCGUGAAAGUAAAAUCUCGGUGGGAUGGAUAGUUUUUGAGUUUGAAUUUUAGCGACGUCAUGUGAAAACCAGCCACGCAGGCUGAACGAGACUCUGCAAGCAGAGUAGUAUAUUACUCCCAGAGCCCGGUUCCUGAAAGGCCCAUUAGUGCUAAUCCAGGAUUAUCAUUUUCUUUCCCUUUUUCUAUCUACCUCUCCGCGCAUUGCUUAGCCGUAGUAACAUUUUGUAUUAUCAUUACUGUAUCUCAGAGUAAAGGCUCGACACUAUUAAGUAUUUUGCAAGCUUGAGUUACAUGUUCUUAAACAAGAAAACCGUGCUUAAAAUUUGGCUCAAUCCUGGGUUAAACUUAACCAUCUUUCGAAUAACCAGGCCCACGACUAAGAUUUACAUUUGCUCUUUAUUCCAGUUUGUUGACGUCGAAAGUGCGAUAACAAGCACUGUUGACAGGUUCCCACAUAAACUACGUCGUGGCCACCGUAAAGAACUUUUUUCACUUAUUACCUGUUGUUUGAUGUUUCUUGUGGGGCUGUCCAUGGUGACUGAGGUAUGUAACUUUAACGCAAAAUAAAACAAUUUUUGUGCCAUUUUCAAUCUCCUCGAUCGUCUGUUUGAUAGAGCUUAUUGGAGUUCUUCAGCACAGUUAAUUAUCCUCUAACGGAUCAAACACACCCUGCGUGGUGUUCUUUAACAUCCUUCAGUUUACCGUCAGGUAGUCUCCCUCGCAGUCUUUUUUGUCUCGUCACGGCUGUAGGGGAGCCUACGAACACUGACGUAUUUCCGGUCUUCGAUUCUCUCUACCCGAAAAGAGGCUGUUCGAAAAACCGAGAAGUAAAGUCAGAAGUUACUUUUCGGGUGGAGAGGCGCGACGACCAUAAAUACGUGUGCGUUCGUAGGCUACCGCGAGGAAGACUAUUCGUGAGAAGAGCCAGGGACAUCUUUUUCUGGAUUCGAACAGUCUGAGAUAACAUCUCUUUAGUGUGCAGGAAAACAUUCAUGAAAUCACUAGAAUCGAUAAAAAAAGAUUUAGCAAUGGAAAUGACUAUGCCGAAAUAUCUGUUCGAAGAUAAUUAUAGCAAUCAUUGACUUGUGACAACUAUGUUUGAGGUUUAACUUAUACUUGACACCUGGUCAAGGUGCCAGGUACUAACCGAGCAUCCACUGCUGUGCAUGGGUGGGCGCUGGAUCGCUGUGUUCACACGUUUUCUGUCAAUUUAGAGGCAAUACACUGCUUUGUAUACCAGAACCUUCUGCUACCCCAACGUUUCAAAAUAUAACAGCGUCUGACAAGGCCAAAUGCAGGAAUUCUGUACACAGUUACAUCGUGUACCCAAGGUCUGAACCCCAGUUUGUGUCAAUACCCAGGACAUGAUCGCACACUCGACCAUGAAGUGUAAACAGCCCUAUAGACUGAUUUCCACAUAAUCAUUGGUUUCCAUCUUGGUUUACUUUUUUUAGUCCUUUUAAGUUUAUCCGCAACACCUUCUUCUAUAUACCUGGUUACGGAAGUCAUUACAAAGUAAUGAUAUUAUUGUUGUAGGGUGGAAUGUACGUUUUUCAGUUGUUUGACGCUUUUUCUGGAAGCGGAUCUGUUGCGUUGUUAGUAGUCAUUGGUGAAUGUUUGGCCAUUGGAUGGUUUUAUGGUAAGAAAAACAAACAAAAUGUUUAAUUGUUCUUACAAGCAACUGAUGACUUCCUAGCAUACUCGCUGGCGGGGGGAGGGAGGGGAAGGGGUGUGCGUUUCCGACUAUGGUAAAAAAAGCGACCUAAAUUAAAGAACAUUACAUUUUGUUUUGUAUUGUGUUCUUUUCAUGACCGUUUCUUACCUUUUCAGGAAUUUUCGUAGGGUUUAUCAGUUAAAAAGAGACAAUGUUUUUCAUUUACGCAAGAACCCAAUUACUUCCCUUCUUGUUUUAGGGGGGGGGGGAAAUGGGGGGGGGAGGGCGACCGAGAGAACUAGCAAUUUUAUCCCAAGGGGAGAGUAAGAGUUACAUCUGACAGGACGGAAAGUACGAUGCUUUGGUGGCUGGGUGAGGCAAGUUCUUUACAGAUCCGUGUGCUGGAUAUUGAAGUAAACAAACCCGAACUGGAACACCCAUAGUUACGUUGUCCUUUUUUGUUUUCGCUCUUUCCUAGCUGAAGCAAAUGUUAGGAAAUGAUGCUUUGUUUUACUCCUUAAUAUUGCAUUAAGGAUAAUUAGAAACUAAAAUAAAGGAUCAAGUCGAAGGAGUUGAGAACUCACAAAGAACAGUAGAUUGCGUAGAAAUGACCGCUUAUGUUUACACACUGGAUUUGUAACGGAUCUGACAGCUGUUUUGUUCUUACAGAGAAACCACGCUGUACGGACACCCACCUUGUAUAUGACGGACACUAUUGCAAAUCCCCUUGGUGUCUGUAUUAUUUGGGUUCCAGUGCAUUUAAUAAGACGUAUCAAUAAAUACUUAGGCCCAAUUCAGUCACAGAACUUUUCACGAGCACAGCCUAAUACUUCGAAUAACGUAUAUUAAAUGCUCGGCGUCUGAAUCAAUUAGGAACGCCUGUUUCAAUUUGGAACGGCCUAGCCGUUCUUUCCGCCUAGCCCGGCUGGGAAUUUCGACUUUGGAUCGACUUAAAAACGGCUUUGAUUUAGACGCCGAACUUUUCAUGUACCGAACCAAAUGCGGCAUAAAUUCUUAUAACGUAUUUUCCAAUCAGUUUAACCGAAAUGAAUAUUUUUCUCCUUUUGAAUUUAGUUCGGCUGGAAUUAAAAUCCGCGUCUGAAUCAAUUCGGCUGGUCUAAAUAAUUUGGGUCUGCCUUAAUUUGAAUUAGCUGAGUUUCGGCUCAUGAAAAGUUCGGCUUCUGAACUGGGCCUUAGAAAGAUGUGUUAAAAAUCAACUUCUUAUCCUUUGUAUUUUGAACUUUUUUACAUCCCUUCGUUGGAACUUAACUCUCAACAGGUCGAAAACGUUUCUAUAACAACAUCGCGAGUAUGUUGGGAUUUACUAUCAGUCCCUGGUGUGGCUGGUGCUGGAGUUAUCUCUCACCAAUAUUUUGUUUGGUCAGUACAACGGCGAUUUUCUUUUGCUUGCUUGAGCAUAAUUAGUUGAAAAAACUGGUCAUUGAUGCCGGAAAAGAUAAAAAGCAGCUGUGUCACAGUUCUUUUAGGGAGCUCCGCUUUGUUUUUUAUGUUCGCGCGUUGUCGCUGACUCAGUUAAUUAUGACGUUCCUACUGGUCAGGCAGUUCAAAAUGAUAAGAACGCUAUUGAACGUUGUGCAUGGACAAUAAUUCAAAAAGGUUAACGAAAACAUCAUGAACAGGGAAGUCUGAUGGUGUCCAUAUUAAAAACUUCACAAUAAUAGCGAUGGUCAAGAGAGAAUGUCUCUCUUGCUAUGGUCUGCUUAUGACCAAGUUUCAUAAUCUUGCACGGAAGGCGAGAAUGCGGCUGAACGGCGCGUGUGAAUGUGAAGGAUAGUUCUGAGCAAAGCGUGAAAGUAUAAUAUGACACAGCAUAACAUAACAUAACAUAACUAUACAUAACAUAACUAUGCAUAACAUAAUAUAACGUAGCACAAGCCAUUUAACCCCUUAGCUUUAAGCCCCAAGUGUGACCAAAGCAAAUUUUCUCCUAACCGGUGUCUAUACAUUAUCCAAAGGAAAGGUUAUGAGAAUUCUUAAGAUUACCAACGAGAAAUUGCUUGAAUCUUUUAUCAAAUUUUCUCAACUUAUUCUUUAAGGAAAUUUAUGGAGAUCAGCCUGCAGAAUUUUUAUGUGGAUAUUGGUGCAUAAAGGGUUAGGCACUGGUUGACAUCGCUUUGGCAGCUGUGUCGCGUUUCCCUUUUUUCCAGUUUUUUUUCCGCUUCGUCUCCGGAGGCAACAUUGGUUGAGGUCAAUUGCUAACUAUCUUUCCCUUGUUUUUAGACUGUGCUCGCCUUCUACCUCGUGACGUAUCAACCACUCAAGUAUCGAGAUUACGUUUAUCCUGCCUGGGGACAGGCGAUUGGCUGGCUGAUGACCCUGUCGUCACUCUCCUUAAUUCCAACGGUGAUGAUAUACAAACUGAUCAACACCACUGGGUCAAUCCAAGAGGUUAAUAUUUGUCAGUAUAUCCACUUCAGGGCAGUGUCGGUUUUAUAGUGGAACUUGAUGUAACGAAGGGCCCUUUGUUCGCUGUAACUGGGUUUUGUUAUAUCGAGGUUCUUUUCCAAAUAUUUUGCCAUUUCUGGGGUAUAGAAAAUCUUUUCUUAUACCAAAGACUUCGUUAUUUAGGGGUCUGUUUUAUGGCUUCAAUUAGAAAGAGUUUACUGUAGUUUUUAGAUCGAGUAUCUUUCUUUCUACAUAACUAUAGAACGUUUUGCACUUCUGGUUGGCCUCAUUUGGAAAGGAUGGUCAGGUUUGAAACGUCAUUUUCAUCACCACCUGCCCAACUUCUCCCCCAGGGUCUUAAGGAAGAGGCCUGGGGACGAAGUUGACAUUGGUACCGUCCCAGUCUCCCAAGAAAUCUCACUAGGGCUAAUAAGACAAUAACUUGUGACGGCGACUGCUUCCUUUACUGUUGUUGCAUCAUAGCAAUCAGUAAACUAUAUUAAACUCUUGUGUAUUGUGAUUGUAGUACCAUAUUCACCAUAUCGAACUUUGUCUUCUUUUUUUGUAGCGUUUUCGCAAGUUGAUUCAACCUCAAUUGCAAUAUAGACAAGAACCAAAUGAGCAUACACCACUCAUUGAUCAAGAAAGCAAGUAAUCAAGUGAGCGGAGCGGUAUGCACGUGUUCAGCCUGCUUACAUCUGUUGUAAUUAUUGUAAAGUAAAAACCCGCUUAUAAGAACCUAGAUUUUUCAAACAUAGCCCAAAUUGGUUCUUUUAAAAAUGGUAUUUAGUGGGAUUUUAGGCUACUUAGGUUCUUAAUUUGAUAGGGGCACCAGCGAUAAGCACAGAUAACUACUACAGGGCAUAUGCGAUAUAGAAUAUAUUCCCGUAUUAAAUAAUUAUCUAAAAUGCGGUUUAGAUAACCAUACAGUAAAUUUAUCUUUAUAAAGUACUUGCAUGCAUGUCUUUCAUGCUGCAGUGUCCAUAAAAUGCUGUGUUACAUUUCAUCUGUGCCUUCAGUUUUGUAAAAUAAGAACCUAUUGAAAAUGUUUGGGUAAAUAGGUUCUUAUGAAGAAAGGGGCUUUUAAAUGAAAAUUUUAGCCUAAAAGGUUCUUAAAUUUUAGGUCCUUAUACGCCGGUUUUUGCUGUAUCUAAAGUAAACAUCUUUCGACUGCCUGGGUGAUUUAAAGUUAGCGCCAAGGCCGUGAUUUGAGUCACUGAGAGACCCGGAGGUGACUCUGAUAUAAACAAAAUGGGGAUGCUCGUCGGAAAACUAACAUUAAGUCCGUAAGGGAGACCAAUGUGGGUGUGGCUAAAGUUUUAACUGACCUACAAAGGAGACCAUACAAAGAACAGACAUCGCAGCUUUAUUGCAACAUUCAUAUGCACAGCCCUAACAGACACCUGAAUACGCAAAUUUAGUGACUUUUCAUCCCAAACACUCUUAGGCAAGGCUGAUCGAACAGGUAUGGAUGGGUACCUUAUUAUAGGGAAUUAACGAGCCACUUUAUUAACGAGAUUUAAAAAAAAUUUGUUUGUAUUUUAUAGAUUCUACCUCGGCCCAAAUACUGCGCAUUGUUUCCGAAAGAUUCGCCUUGGUUUGGCAUACGUAAACCUAACUUUUGGAAAACUCGCGUUAAUUUUGCGUAACGUAACUUUUCUUCCCGUUGUCAACGUGCAUCGUUAAUUUUCUAUAAUAAGGUUAUAUAUUUUCUCAAUAUUUCAGUUAGGCAAUGACCAACCUUCUUUCAGCGGCUGGGUACUCUUUUUUAGUUUUGCCUGAUCAACCAAAAUAUUGGGAAAAUAUAUUACCCAUCCGUAGAUGUCUGAUCAGCCAUUGCUUUCAAUUUUGAGUGUUAUUUUAUAUCUCUUAUCCUGAUCUACAGCAACACCCGGCUUUCCCUCGCUGUUGUUUGUCCAAGUGGUCCUUGCAAGAAUUGUUCGCUAAUUUACUCUUACUGGUUUGGUCAGCGUUAUAGCACAGUUUUUGUUGCCAAGUUCUGUUGUUACUUGAACAACGAAAUUAAAAAGCUGAUAAAGUCGAACCUAUAUAACGGCCACCCUCGGGACUUGAGAAACUGGCUGCUUAAAAAUGUAGGUAGCUUGCGUGGCAGGCGUUCGAAAAGGAACGGGAAGGGAAUUAGGGCGCGAGACCACCAAGUACAAGAAGAAGGAGCUUGUCCGUUUUUCUUGUGCUUACCGGUUUAUAUACUUAUGCUUAUGUCGACCCAGUUUCACUUGCUUACACAUGUGCUUGUGCUUAUGCUUAUGCUUAUGCGCUAGUGAAAACCAGGCUUUAACGAUUCUAAACGGCCGAGAAUCAGCUUACAGUAGCUCAUGUUAUUUCUUUAUAGUGAUGAUGGAUCGCAUUUUAAACACAAUAAAAUACCGCAUAAAAUGACAUAUGGCUCAGUUUCCGUCCAUGAGUGGCCGCUUAAUACAGGUAAAUGGUAACAAAGAAAGACAAACAUGGGACUUCUACAGGGUGGCCGCGGCCAUGGCCGCGUAAUACAGGUAACAAAUACGGCGUUUGUUUGAGCGAAAAAUCGGGACUUUGAAAACUGGCCGCUUAAUAUAAUAGAGGGUGGUCGCUGAAUACGGGGCCGUUAUAUACAGGUUCGACUGUAUCUGUUAUUGGCCUUUUGUUGAAUAUUUUAUUUAUGGUUCCAUUAAAACUUAAGUAAAUUGAAAUAAAUACUUUUGUACCAGUAUUUUGUCUUCCAGGGUGAUAACGUUGCUGUUAGAAAAACUGCGCAGGUUUUUGCGCCGAUUAGACCGCGAGCGGUCGUCUUUCUUCCCCCGCCCCCCGCCUCGCGCGGCGCGGCUUCACCAUUCUCCUUUCACACAUACUAUAUCAAUCUACUGUACAUGACUAAAAAGAAAAAUAAGAGACUGCUCGCAUCCAUACACGGAGGUUUACCGUUUGCAUUACACGCCUAAAAAGUACGCAAGUAGGGAGGGUGCUCUCGGGGGUGCUCUACCGAGAGGAGGGGCUGACGUCAUUCGUCCUCGCACGUGCUUGUAUAAUCCCCUCCUCAGCUGCUCAGGCGGGAAUUUCGCACUACUCUCCGUCCCUAGCCUCCCCGCAGACGUUCUUUAGCUAUCUGCGGAAUAUAUGUUGCGUAAUGGAAAUGUAACGCAAUAACAGGGCGAUCGUAAUAUUAGUGAAUGGGUUUUUAAUAGCCUACGUGUAGCCGCACCGCCCCCCCCCAACAAAGGAAGAACGGAGAGAGGGAGAGGAGAGGCUCCGUCUCUCCGUUUUUCCUUUGUCGGGGAGAGGGUGCGGCUACACGUAGGCUAGGUUUUUAAUACAGACGAGUGUGUUUUUUUUUAAACAGAGAUUUGGAUGUUCCCACGCGAAAAUGAAUUCCUCUGGACCCGCAUGCGGAGGAGACUAGCGCGCGUUAUGCUCGCCUCUCGCAGCUGCGCGUCUAUAGGACCACCCCAAAAACCAGGAGCCGAUUACUUAAGUAAUCGGCUCCUGCAAAAACUAAGUCCACUGGAAAACUCAGAACGGAAAACUGAGAGCCCAGUUUCAAAGCUGUUCAAUGCUAUUAAACCCGACUAUAUAAAAUUAUAUUAAAUGGACAAUACGACUGGUUUCCCUGAAACUUGUCUUCUGGAUUGGAAUUUUUUUGCUGGCUGAUAGCCCUGACCUGAACCUCGAGGCCAGAGUCGAGGGAGGUAUGUUAAGAAAAUAUUUGGAUGGGGCGUGCCGCCAAGACCCUGUCUAUUUGUUUCACUACCCUGUUUAAGACCUACUCCUUGAAGGCCAAUGACAUCACUUUCUUAAGGAAAUCUUUCUCUGCGCUUUUAGUUUAAAGUCAAUUAGUUUUUUUUCGGCGUCAAUUUUCAGUCUCAAAAACAUACCUAUGACCCUUGAAUGCACCCGGCGGUCAGGAGCCAAUGAGGGGCAGGGAGAAGUGAGCAGGAAAAACAGUGCGGGUUGUGAAAGGGGGUGAGAGCGAAUGAAGUUCGCCCCCUCCCUCCCUUCUCGUACUUUCUCGUGCUAUCUCUGAUUUGCGCCGCACAAAAUGACUAUCUGAACGCCUUUAAUAAACUACCGUAAAAUUUCGAAAAUAAGCCCCUCCAUGUAUAAGCCCCUCCAAACCGGUAACGCAAAAAACCCUCCGUUAAAUCGCCCCUCCAAAUAUAAGCCCCCCGGGGGCUUGUACUUGGAAAAUUGCCCUCAAAUACAAAGUAAAACAAAGCAAAGACAGUAAAUUUACUUCCAAGAUAAGGCUAGCCCAAUCGAUUUUGAAACGCAAAUUUCCCUCCGUAGAUAAUCCACUCCGAAUAUAAGUCCCUCAAAAAGGGCCUUUGAAAAAUAUAAUCCCCGGGGCUUAUUUUCGUAAUUUUACGGGUAGUUUGGCGUCACUUACUUGGCUAGGCCAGAUAAGGAAGUGCCCCUUGGGUAUUUAACCGGGGCCUAAAUUAGACCCAAAUCAGACCCUCCGUUCCCUAAGCAACGCCUUUUGCUUGAGCCCAUGCCAGAAUACCAUAAGCCAAUCAAAAGAGUCUGUUCCCACGAUGUGAAUUUCGGGCUGUCCAUCAAAAGAAUUACCAUGUUAUCAUCAUUUCGCGGGGUUUCGCUUGUCAAAAGCCUUUUGUGGUACGGUUAGUUAGAGCAGCUGAGUUCAGAUGCCGUAGAAUUUUUAAGCAGUUCUUAUUUACCAGCGAAUUGACUGCAAAACUUCAAAACUUCUUCCGUUUCUACAACUGGCUGUGCGCCCCCAUGGUCCAUAUAAGGAAAAUGACGUUCUUGAAGAAUGUGUGACAGCUGUCUGUCAGGUAACGUGUUUUGAACUGUAGCGAAGAGCGCUGGAACGUCGGUUGCAGAGGAUUCAACACGCCAAAGGUUGCGGAUUAUGUGGAUUUGUGGUAGUCGAAAAGCUUCUAGAAUUGUAA